UCAGCCUCGGAACAGAUGUCAGAAAGUAAAGAUUGGCUGCUUCCAGAGCAGGGGCGGCUGCCAACUCUCGCGAGCUUUGUCAGGGGGGGUGGAUCGCAAUGUCAGGGCAGCCCACUUUGCAGGCUGGAGCCGCAGCUGCAAACCGCGUCUCCCGAAGUGUUGCAUGCUCGCCGCUCCUUGCAAACCUCAGCGCCGAGGUGCAGCGCGUCAGAAACCAACAUGCAGAGCAAGGGUACAAUCCUAAGCAUCCGACUUCUCUUGUGGUUUCUCCUGCUCUGGGUGCUUAUUGGGAAGUCACACACCGAAGAAGACAUCGUCAUUACAACCAAGAAUGGAAAAGUCCGAGGGAUGAACUUGCCGGUUCUUGGUGGCACAGUCACAGCCUUUCUUGGAAUUCCCUACGCACAGCCACCUCUUGGUAGACUUCGAUUCAAAAAGCCGCAAUUCUUGACCAAAUGGUCCGAUAUUUGGAAUGCCACAAAAUAUGCAAAUUCUUGCUAUCAGAACACAGAUCAAAGUUUCCCAGGUUUCCCUGGAUCAGAGAUGUGGAACCCAAACACUGAUCUCAGCGAAGACUGUUUAUAUCUGAAUGUGUGGAUUCCAACACCUAUACCAAAAAACGCCACUGUAAUGAUAUGGAUCUAUGGUGGUGGUUUUCAAACAGGAACAUCGUCUUUACCUGUUUAUGAUGGCAAAUUUCUGGCUCGGGUUGAAAGAGUUAUUGUAGUCUCAAUGAACUAUAGGGUGGGGGCCCUGGGAUUCUUAUCUUUACCAGGAAAUCCCGAGGCCCCAGGGAACCUGGGCUUAUUUGACCAACAACUGGCACUUCAGUGGGUGCAAAAGAACAUAGCAGCCUUUGGUGGAAAUCCUAAAAGUGUAACUCUCUUUGGAGAAAGUGCAGGGGCAGGUUCAGUUGGCCUUCAUCUACUUUCUCCUCGAAGCCAACCGUUGUUUACCAGAGCCAUUCUGCAAAGUGGAUCCUCUAAUGCCCCUUGGGCAGUAAUGUCUCCUAAAGAAGCCAGGAACAGAACGUUGACCUUGGCUAAAUUUAUUGGUUGCUCUAGAGAAAAUGAGACGGAGAUAAUCAAAUGCCUUCGAAACAAAGAUCCCCAGGAAAUUCUACUGAAUGAAGUAUUGGUUGUCCCCUCUGAUACUCUUUUGUCUGUAAACUUUGGUCCAAUUGUGGAUGGGGAUUUUCUCACUGACAUGCCCCACACACUACUCCAACUUGGACAGGUCAAAAAAGCCCAGAUCUUGGUGGGUGCUAACAAAGAUGAAGGGACAGCAUUUUUAGUAUAUCGUGCUCCUGGUUUCAGCAAAGAUAACGACAGUAUCAUAACCAGAAAAGAAUUUCAGGAAGGCUUAAAAAUGUAUUUUCCAGGAGUGAGUGAAUUUGGAAGGGAAUCGAUCCUUUUUUAUUAUGUAGACUUGUUAGAUGAUCAGAGGGAUGAAAAAUACCGUGACGCAUUGGAUGAUGUUCUUGGCGAUUACAAUAUCAUAUGCCCUGCCUUGGAGUUCACCAAAAAGUUCUCAGAAUUGGGAAAUAAUGCCUUUUUCUACUAUUUUGAACACCGAUCCUCCCAACUUCCUUGGCCAGAAUGGAUGGGAGUGAUGCAUGGUUAUGAAAUUGAAUUUGUCUUUGGUUUACCUCUGGAAAGAAGAGCUAAUUACACAAAAGCUGAGGAAAUUUUGAGUAGAUCCAUAAUGAAAUACUGGGCAACUUUUGCAAAAUAUGGACAUCCAGAUGGAACCCAGAACAAUAGCACAAGAUGGCCUGCCUUUGAAAACACUGACCAAAAAUAUUUAACCUUGAAUACAGAUUCACCACAAGUAUACACUAAACUACGUGCUCAACAAUGCCGAUUCUGGACACUAUUUUUUCCCAAAGUCUUGGAAAUGACAGGAAAUAUUGAUGAAGCAGAACGAGAAUGGAGAGCAGGAUUCUAUCGCUGGAACAAUUACAUGAUGGACUGGAAAAAUCAAUUUAACGAUUAUACUAGCAAGAAAGAAAGCUGUGCGGGUCUCUAAUUAAUAGAUUUACCCUUUAUAGAAUGUUCGUUUUCCUGUAGAUCAAGAUAAAAAUAUCAGUAGCUCUCUUACACACCUCAUAAGAAAGCUAUUAUACAGCUGAAACAAAAAUGCCAGAAGGAUAAUAUCGAUUCCUCACAUCUUCCACUUAGUAUUGUACCUAGCAUUUUGAAAUCCAAAUGGCUAGAACAUGUUUAAUUAAAUUUCACAAUAUAAAGUUUGACAAUUAAUUAUAUGCAUAUUAAAAUGAUUUUGCAGCUUCAAACUUUCUUACCUGAGUAAAUUUAUGAAUUUUUUUCUGCUAAAAAAUACCUGUAUCCUAUUUUUAUUUGUCUUUUCUCAUUGCCACUCAUAAAAAGGUAUCUUUUUAAAAUGAGCCAGGUCUUGAAACAUUGGACACUGAUUCACAGUACUAUUUCCUUUAAAUAAUUUAUGAAUUUAAUGUCAACAUACUUUGUCAAAACAAAAAUGGAAAAUAAUUGGUUCCUUUUGUUUUUUAUAUGAAGGCAAAAGGGAAUUGUAAAGUAAAAGGCUUGGUCACUUUGCAACACCUAAUGACUAAAACAAAACAUUGCUCCCAAGAGACAAAAAUGUAAAAGAAUAUAAUUAUUUCUGGUUUUAUUUCUUAGAAUAUGCAUGCUUCGGGUCCUCAAAUUCUACUCCUCAUUCUUACAACCCUUGCCCUUCCUCACGUCCCCACUCCCUGACUCCCCACCCCCAAAGUGUACAUGUGUAAAUUACUCUUCCUGUAACUCAAAAAUAAAGAGUGCAGAUGAGCAGAA